GGAACCGUCAGUGUGAUCAGGAACUGUGGGCAUCUUUAUUUGUCCUGCUGCACGAGCACAAUGUGUUUACAGUUUCUGCAUUAAUGUAUGAAAUCUGGGAAAUGGGAGAUGAUAAUGUCAUAGCCCGUCUCGGCAGCAUGAAGGCUCUGCUGGGGAUUGUGGCAGGAGCCGGAGCUUCAUAUGGCAUUUAUAAACUAGUCUUUGGUCGUGCGAAAGAUGGAGGAGUAAACAAAAAGAAGUCUGCGAAAAUUGUAAAUAUUCAGCCUGGAAGUUUGAUGGCCAAAGUAUCUGGAUUUAAAGUUGUCAGUAAAACUGAUAAUCUGGAUCCAGCUGCCGAUACUGAAUCUAGUGAUAUUCACUCAAAAUCUGCUGCCAGCCUGGAGCCUCGGCAUCUCAGUAUGCUCCUCUCUCUUCUGCAGAGCAGCCCAAACCCAGAAGAGAGGAGAAAAGUGCUCGUAACAUUAGGAAAUUCUGCUGCCUUCACAGUAAACCAGGAUCUUCUGCGAGAAUUUGGAGGUCUUCACAUUAUAGCAGGUUUUCUGUCGGACCCUUCUCCUGAGAUUCGUGUUCAGACUCUGAACGCUCUGAACAACUUAAGCAUGAACAUACGCAAUCAAGAGCAGUUGAAGAUUUACGUCCCUCCGGUGAUGCAGCUGAUCGAAAUGUCACCAGUGAACUCUGACCUUCAGCUUGCAGCUCUCCGAUUACUGACUAAUCUCUCAGUCACCGACAACCACCAGCAUCUGAUGAAGACCUCCAUCACCCUCCUCCUCUCGCUGCUCGUAGUGAGCAAUGAAGUCCUACAGAUCCAAGUGCUGAAGAUCCUGGUAAAUCUUUCCUCCAAUCCAGAUUUGAUCGAUGAUAUUGUGCAAGCUCAGGCUCCAGCCUCCUUGAUCGUGUUGUUUGACAGCUGCACCAACACAUCAGUCCUCCUCCGCCUGCUGUUUUUUGUGGGGAACCUGCGCGCAUGGAGACCUUCAGCUCAGGUGGCUGAAGCGCUGAGGAGGAGACCAGACUCUCUCUACUGUGUUUUACUGGACGGCUCCUCUCAGCUCCACCAGAAGCUGCCGCUGUUGUUCUCUCAUCCAGAUGAGGAGGUGAAGACGCAGGUGGCCAGACUCCUCACGUAACAAAUAAAAGUUUUACCGCAGUUCUGCUGGUCUUCAAUGCUAACUUAAAAGACCAUCAGUAUCUCCACCGAAUGUUGGAAAAUGAAGAAAUGACACCCUCAGGCAUUUUGAGCGAUAUUUGUGAUCACCCUAAAUCUCAUUCGAGAACAUCUCCACUGCCAAGAGUUUACUUGCCAAAAGAAUGCAUCUCAAAGCUUGCAGGGAUUUUCUCUGACCACACUAAGUGCUUUGGAUAUCCAAAUUAGUAGUGGAAAGGAUUAAAGUAACGUCUCUACAUGACUUUAGAAAUGGCUUUGGGGGGAGGGGUAUGGGAUAAUGCAAGUCAAGUUUACCACUAAGCAAAAUUUAUGCAGGUAUUUAUGACUUAGUAAAAUCCCUAUUUUUACAGAUUCUGUGCAAAGAUUGUAUUGUCAUUGUUUUGUUUUGUUUUUUUAUGCUCGAUAAUGAGAUUGACAUUGCUAGCAAUUUAUUAUUUAAUAAUUGUUUUUCUUGUUAUUAGGCAGUUAUAAAAUGGAGUUGCUGUUUGGCCGUUUUAUAAUCGCUACAUUUAUUUUUGAAUGCUCCUGGCUUUUAUGUCAGGUUUGUGAAUAGCUCUUUAAAAUAAAUAUUUACAUUUUA